UGGCAACAACGUUUGCUUUGCGAAUUUUUUGUUUUGGUCCAUUUUUCAGUUUUUGCCAGGUUUGUGCAAAAUAAAUUUAUUUUCCGUAGAAGUACAUAAUCACACUCGGGUAAACUACAAAGUUACUAGAGUAGUUAUUUUGUUAGAUGUAACGCAUAUUCUGCUGACUUUCCAUCGAACGCGUAAUCGGAGAAAAGUGCUGCAUGUGUCAUGGAUCCAACUGCAACACAGCUGCCUUCUCCCAACAACACUCUGUACUUAAAUAACCUGAACGAAAAACUGAAAAGGAAGCGUCUUCAGGAAUCGCUCCAUGCCGUAUUUAAGCAGUUUGGCGAAAUUUUGGCCAUUCAGUGUUGGCCGAAGUCCCUGUCUCGCAAGGGACAGGCUUGGGUGAUCUUCCGCGAUGUGCCAUCCGCUGUCAAAGCCCUGACGUCCAUGCAGGGCUUCCCUUUCUACGACAAGCCCAUGCGUAUUCAGUUUGCCCGCGCUGAUUCUGACAUGGUUACCCGUGCACGCGGAACGUACGUGCCGCGGCCUAAGAAGAAGGCCGGGGAAAAAGCCAAGAAGCCCAAGCCCAUGGCCGCCCCCGUGGGGGUGGAAGUGCGACCGGCGCCUAUCAACCCCGAGAACAUUCCCGACAAUCAGCCACCGCACAAUAUUCUUUUUGUUACCAAUCUGCCCACUGAUUCGGGAGAGGAGCUCCUUAAUCAGCUGUUUCAACAGUUUACUGGUUUCCGUGAAGUGCGCAUGGUGCCCAGUCGACCGGAUAUCGCCUUUGUGGAAUACGAGACGGAGAUGCAUGCCAGUGUGGCAAAGGAAAAUCUUCAGGGAUUCAAAGUGACACCGACUCAUAAAAUCAAGAUUGUGUAUGCCAAGAAAUGAUGCGGUCUAUUUCGUGUAUUUCUGUCAUUAGGGAGCAUGGGACUGUUGUCGCUUCUGGAGUUUUCUUACUGACCGUAGGACUAACAGUUGUAAGUAUUCAUCAUGUUCAGUAACUGGAAGUUACUUAUCCAUUUUUUUCUACUUCUUUGUUUCCAACUUUCACCAGUUGAUUGUGAGUACAUAGGAGCGCGACGAAGAAUCUGUUACUCUUAUUAAAUCGGAAAUGUCCCUGAAA